AUGGUGUACAGCACGCAAAAUCAACAUUCAACGAGAAUUCCCUACGUCAGGUUACUGAUAGAAAUGUCAGCCAAAGGUGAACGCUUCGAGUACCAGACAAACUGGCUGUCAGAUGCGUUGUUAAAUGUGAAAAAAUUGAUAAAAAAUAGCGUUAAAAGUGCUGCGUGUGAAAUUCUUGGGCGUUCAGACAGUUUGAUAGCAAUAGCCAAUAAUGGAAAACGUGUUAUUACGGAUGUGUCUCAAUCUUGUGACAAUUCUCAAAUUGCUCGUCCAAAGACUUGGAAGAUCAAAAAUCAGCUGAAGCGAUGUAGAAACCAAAAAAAGAUCUCGGGCAAAAUCAACAGCUGUACCACUGAAUCUGUACGACAACAAAAUGCCACUCAAAGGACAAAUUCCAGUUCUCAGGAGGACAGUGAUUCUUCAGAUUCAAGCUCGGACUUACGCAGUAGUUCACGGUACACCAAUAGGAAUAUAUUAUCCAGGCUUGUGCAACAUUCGUUCUACUCUGUGGUCAAUACAGGAGUCACAAUGGAUCAGGGCACAAUGGGAUCUGCACUCUGCAGAUCAUUCUUGGCUCUAUACAUGAAGCUUGAUGAAAGUAGCGUCUAUUCAAAUCUUUUAGAUUCUUGGGACAAAGCUGGACAAAAAAUAAUAGUGCUGAAAGGAUACAACCAUAAACAUCUACAGUAUCUGGCAAAGGAAGUGCGUCACAUAGCCAUGGAGUCAAAUACUCUUUACAGAACAACUGGGCAGACCCGGGUGAUGUUGAUAUUGACUGCUUUUGGACGAGAGGAAGACAUGGAGGAAGCAUUCGAUGAUUUGUGUUAUUUACAUUGAUGUAAGCGCCAACUCAUAAUUUAACAAAGAAAAGUUUGGAAUCAUUUCUGACUGAAAUUGAUGUCUCAAGAACGUGUAUCAUGUAUUCAAUAAUAAUUCAUCAAAAAAUUCAAAGCA